AUGCUGCCCGCCGCUCACGGCUCGCCGGGGGCUUCUCCGGCCGCGUCCCCUCGCUGUUCCCCCCGCAAUUCCCCCGUCCUCUUCAGGAAGCUCCUGAUGAACCAGAGCAUCCGCCUGCAGCGGCGCUUCACCGUGGCGCAUCCCCUCUGCUUUGACCUGGAGAAUGGCCCCCCCGGGCGGGGCGUGCUGGACCCCCAGGCCAGCCCGGGCGCGGGGCUGGUCCUGCAGGGCACCUUCAGCCACGGCCAGCGCCGCGAGUCCUUCCUCUACCGCUCCGACAGCGACUACGACCUGUCCCCAAAGGCCAUGUCCCGCAACUCCUCCAUCGCCAGCGACCUGCACGGAGAAGACAUGAUCGUCACCCCGUUCGCCCAGGUCCUGGCCAGCCUCCGCACCGUCCGCAGCAACCUGRCCCACCUCCAGGACCGCGCUGGCAUCAAGCGAGGAUCGAGCAGCAGCCUGCCCUCGGGGAGCAAGGCCAGCCUCUCUGAAGAUGCCCACCAGAAACUCUCGAGGGAGACCCUGGAGGAGCUGGACUGGUGCUUGGACCAGCUGGAGACGCUGCAGACCCGGCACUCGGUCAGCGAGAUGGCCUCCAACAAGUUCAAGCGGAUGCUGAGCCGGGAGCUGACGCAGCUAUCGGAGACCAGCCGCUCCGGGAACCAGGUGUCCGAGUACAUCUCCAGCACCUUCCUGGACAAGCAGCACGAGGUGGAGAUCCCCUCGGCGCUGGCCAAGGACAAGGACAAGGAGCGGAGGAAGCGCCCCAUGUCGCAGAUCAGCGGCGUCCGCAAGCUCAAGCACAGCUCCAGCCUGGCCAGGGCCGGCAUCCCCCGCUUCGGGGUGCGCACGGAGCACGAGGCGCUGCUGGCCAAGGAGCUGGAGGACACCAACAAGUGGGGGUUGGACAUAUUCAAAGUGGCCGAGUACUCGGGGAACCGCCCGCUGACCGUCAUCAUGUACAGCAUCUUCCAGGAGCGGGACCUGAUGAAGACUUUCCGCAUCCCGGUGAACACCUUCAUCACCUACAUGCUGACGCUGGAGGAUCACUACCACGCCGACGUGGCGUACCACAACAACCUGCACGCCGCCGAUGUGGCACAGUCCACGCACGUCCUGCUCUCCACGCCCGCGCUCGAGGCUGUCUUCACGGAUUUGGAGAUCAUGGCUGCCAUCUUCGCCAGCGCCAUCCACGAUGUUGACCAUCCCGGGGUGUCCAACCAGUUCCUCAUCAACACCAACUCGGAGCUGGCGCUGAUGUACAACGACGCCUCGGUGCUGGAGAAUCACCACCUGGCCGUGGGCUUCAAGCUCCUGCAGGAGGAGAACUGYGACAUCUUCCAGAACCUGAGCAGGAAGCAGCGGCAGACGCUCCGUAAAAUGGUCAUCGACAUGGUGCUGGCCACGGACAUGUCCAAGCACAUGAACCUGCUGGCGGACCUGAAAACCAUGGUGGAGACCAAGAAGGUGACCAGUCUGGGGGUGCUGCUGCUGGACAACUACUCGGACCGGAUCCAGGUCCUGCAGAACAUGGUGCACUGCGCUGAUCUCAGCAACCCCACAAAACCGCUGGAGCUGUACCGGCAGUGGACCGAGCGGAUCAUGGAGGAGUUCUUCCACCAGGGAGACCGCGAGCGGGAGAAGGGCAUGGAGAUCAGCCCCAUGUGCGACAAGCACACGGCGUCCGUGGAGAAAUCCCAGGUGGGAUUCAUCGACUUCAUCGCGCACCCGCUGUGGGAGACCUGGGCCGAUUUGGUGCACCCGGACGCGCAGGAGCUGCUGGACACGCUGGAGGACAACCGCGAGUGGUACCAGAGCAUGAUCCCGCGCAGCCCGUCCCCUCCGGCCCCGGCACCCGCCGUGUCCCCCGCCACCACCGACAAGUUCCAGUUCGAGCUGACGCUGGAGGAGGAAGAGGAGGAGGAGGAGGAAGAGGAGGGCGAGUCGGACACGGAGCCCGAUGGCGCCGAAAGCCCCCUGGAUGAGGACAACAGCGGCUCCAAGACGCCGGGCACGGAUGACUCGGAGCCGGCCGACACCAAGCGCCUGUCCCCCGGCCCCGGGGACCGCGGCUCGCCCGUGACCCGUCCCGGGGACGUGGACAACCGGCGGGGGCUGCAGGGGACGCUGCCGGAGGAUGGCGGYGGCUCCGUGCCGGGGCUGUGCCUGGACACGGAGGGCAAUGUCACAUUCCUGUCCCUGGGCACGUAGCGGCACCGGCCCSAGGGUCCCCUCGCUGCCAGGGGACAGCGGGGAGCACUGGCACUGUGGGGACACGGAGGAAUCUGAGUUGUGUCCCCGAGCGGGAGCCGGGCAGGUCCUGACAGGCACAAGGACACUGCUGGCCGUCUCUCCGCUGCCACCCGCUGCUGGGAAAGGUCCCUGUCCCCUGCAGACAGGGCGUGGGGACACCGCGCUCCGGCCCCAGCCCUGCCCUGGGGACACCGCGCCCCGCAGGGCUCCAGGAAGGAGCAUUCCCGCACCUUUCCAGGCGUUCCCUCGCAGGACAGAGCCCCAGGGCGGGGCAGAGGGUGCUGGGGACACCCCCAGCACGGGGCACCCCCUGGCACGGCGCACGGCACGGGCACCACGCAGCGCUUUAUUUAUUUGGGGAUGGGUUCACUUUUUAAAGCCUUUUGUAGCUCACUUUUUACUACGAGCCUCUCCGAGGCUCCACACGCGAUUUCGGGGCAGAAAGUUACAUUUUCAGGGCGGAAAGUGGCACUUUCGGGGCGGAAAGUUAAA